UGGCGCUCCAUACAUCUGAGUUAAUGCCGCCGACGACUUCGGCAUUUUUAGAGCGAAGAAUUAUGCUGUACUUUGCCGGAAAACUCAAGCCGCCAUCGGUAAUACCGAGAACAUUUAGGGCAGGAUGGAAGUGGAUGACAGAUUUACCAAAAAGUAGGCAAUUCUGUGGCUUGGAUAUUGGACAGAACAACAAAAACGUUACCAUGCUUAGGUUUUCACUUCUUCACCAAUUGAGGGCGCUGCCUGCUCGAUCAACACCGCCUUCCUUCCGCCAUCUCUUAAGACAUUGCGUGCGUAGGAUUCAGGGUCAAGGGUGUAUCUUGAAGGGCGAGAGAGGAAUUAAAGGGACAUGGACGCCUUCUCGGACCCUGGCCUUCGGGGUAGGAGCCGGGGUAGCUCUGCAUACUGGUUCUAGAAUACAUCAGGCAGAAUGUAAAUUUAAAGCAACUGGAGCCACAAGGCUCCUGGAGAAGGAGACCAAAGGAUCCGACCUGGAGACCAACGGCGGGGAGCACUUCUGGGAGGUCCUCAAGUUCUUGAGGGAAGACGUUCUGUAUCUCCUGUUAGCUGUUGCAAGCGCUAUGUUAGCUGCCUUCAUCAACGUUCAGAUUCCCUUGCUUCUUGGUGACCUCGUGCAGGUCGUGUCAGAGUUCACUGGCAGAGAGCAUGCUGGGAACUAUCUCGAAGCCGUUGCUCGGCCAGCCCUCCGUCUUACGUCAGCUUAUGGCAUCCAGGCAGUAUGUACCUGUAGUUACAUUGCUAUCCUCUCCUCCGUCGGAGAAAGGUUGGCAUCCAGGCUCCGAACAGCUCUCUUUAGCUCUCUCCUCAAACAAGACAUAGCCUUCUUUGACAUACAUCAUACGGGUGAAUUAGUGAACAGGUUAUCAGCUGAUGUACAAGAUUUCAAGAGUUCAUUCAAGUUAUGCGUCUCUCAGGGAUUAAGAGGAACAACACAAAUAGCAGGGUCAGUGAUCUGUAUGUACAGCCUAUCACCAAAGCUGACCGGUGUACUGGUUAUCACUUUACCAGUCAUAGUCUUAGCUGGUGCUGCCAUAGGUGCUGUGUUGAGGAAGCUAUCCAGGGAUGCCCAAGAACAGACUUCGAGGGCUAUGUCUGUGGCCGACGAAGCUCUGGCAAACAUGAGAACAGUCCGAGCCUUUGCCAUGGAGGAUCAGGAGGCUGCCCUCUUUAGGCAGGAGUUAGAAAGGGCAAGUGGUCUUCAAUCCCGUCUUGGUUUCGGCAUCGGCUUGUUCCAGGGACUCACUAAUUUAGCUCUUAAUGGUCUCGUGUUGGGCGUGGUCUACUACGGCGGCUAUCUGAUGUCGUCCAAUGAGGUUCAAGCGGGUCAACUCAUGUCCUUCCUGGUUGCAUCACAAAAUGUCCAGCGGUCACUUGCAGCUAUUUCUAUCCUCUUUGGUCAAGCGGUCAGGGGGGUCAGUGCUGCUGGUCGAGUAAUGGAGUAUAUCAAAAUGCAACCCAGCAUACCUUUGACCGGGGGCAAGUGUAUACCAUACCAUAGUCUCUAUGCCAACGUAGAAUUUGACAAGGUGACUUUCAGCUAUCCUUCAAGACCAGAACAGGUAAGUGAAUAUUUUCUUCCAUGUUUACAAACAAAUUCAUCGAUUGAUUUUAUGUAUCUCUAAUUCUCAUAAAAUGUCACAGGCAAAAGAAAUUAUUCA